UAUUGUCAGUCGUGUAGUUUUCCUAUCAGAGUGAGUAGUCUUGUAUUGAUCAUAGCAUUCAGAGGAUGAUGUUGAAGUGUUUUGUGGUGGCACUUGCCAUCGGUUGUACUUUUGCCAGACAUCUAGAGAAAGAAACAGUCCAGUGGACUGGAGGAAAUGUUGAUUGGCCAUGUAGUAGUACCGAAUGCCUCUACAAGAACGGUGGAAAAUAUAUUAACAAGAAUAUGAUUUCUACACGUGCUGUUAUAUACAACAAUGAUGCCAUCCUGGCAUUCCCCAGAUUCAAGAAGGGAGUACCACUGACUCUGGGAAUCAUCCCCUUGGAUUGUAAAACUGGUGAACCCUCAGUGAGCCCAUACCCUUCCUGGUCCCUCCAGGAGGAAGGCAAUUGUGGAGCACUCCAGAGUGUAGUGGACCUUUUCCUCGACCCCCAGAACAUUCUCUGGGUUCUGGAUACAGGUAUCAUCGACGCCCUGGAGGAAACUCCCGUGAGGAAGUGCCCACCCAAGGUCGUCGCCAUCAACGUCAGAACCGGAAAGAUGGUGAAGGCCGUCGACCUGAGCAGUUUGACGGGUGCAUCGUCGCGAUUGCAGUACGUCGUAGCUGAUUACAGCGCUGACGGUCGUGUCUUCGUGUACGUCACUGAUGCAGCAGCCAGAGCCAUCCUGGUGUACGAUGUGACAUCUGACAAAGGAUACCGAGUUGUCCUCCCCAAGGCCGUCACCAUGGGUUGCACCAAGCGAGAUGUUCUGUAUCCAUCCCUGGUACGUCGUCUCGACGGAUCAACUGUUCUCCUCUUCUCCUAUCUCUGCAGUGAUCAACUCUUCUCCAUUCGGACUGAGUACCUCCAGACUGGAGCGGCUGCUGGAAAAAUUCACGAUAUUGGAACUAAACCUGGAAAACUGAUUUUCCUAGGGACGGACAACGGAUCGGCUGUCUUCUUCAGGUUUGAGGGGCACACUGAGAUUUACAGGUGGGACGCCAGCACUCCCUUCUGUCCAGAGAACUGCGUCAAGGUUUACGAUGGCCAGGAGUGCACCUUCCCAUCUGAAGUCAUUCCUGAUUAUAAGAAGGGACGGAUGCGUGUCCUCGAGUCCAAUUUUCCGGAUUUUAUCAGGGGCACUGUUGGGUGUGGCAUUGAUCACUCCCUCGUUGUUAUGUAAUUCUGGUGAUGUUGGAGAUGUCCUGGUCACAGGGUCAAGUUGAUCGGGUGAAAGACUGAAUUCAAAAGCGAGUGAGGAUCGAUAGUGUCAGGUUGAAGAGAAUUUAACGGAACGUUCGGAGCCAUUCGAGACUUUUUCGAUUCUAUUUUGUAGAUUUUAGUGUGACUCGGUGAGAAAUCAUCAGCGGAGGAUCGUAACUCAUCAUGAAUGAUGACGAUAACACGUUGGAGAUGCUUCAAUGAACACUCUGAUUAUUGCCGAUUGGGGAAUUUGUUCAUUUGAAUGUAUUGUCAAGCACAAAUAAUAAAAUGAUUCAAUGAAUUCAA